AUGAGUCAUAGUAAAGUAACUCCCAAGCGCUCCAUUCAGUCUCCUGUCCAUCACACCAAAUUAAAUGCUCAGGCCACAGACCGGUUUUUUAAGAGAAAAGGGUUACAUCAGAUUUCAAAAGACUCCUUGGAAUCCGAUUCAGAAGGCAUCGCUCAGGAGGUCAAGCCUGGGUCUGGACUUGAGAGCCGAAUCCAAGACCCUGACGUGGAGCCUGACAGCUUAGAGGAGGAAAGCCCCCGAGGAGGGGAGAGACUCAGUGAGACGGAAGAGGAGGUGAGCAGGAAAGUAGCUCUGAUGGCCGGCCAGGAAAACCACCACAGCCAGGCCAGUCGCCCAAGCAACAGCCAACAGCCAGGAAGUGACAAAUACUCAGACCUGCGUUAUGACCCUAACUGGAAGAAUAAGAACGAGGAAGGGCAGCUGUUGACCGUGGAAGCGGUGCUAGAGUCCCUAGACAGCUCUACAGAAAACCUGACAGUGGACCCACUCUAUCCUUCCAAAGAGACCUCCGUGGAACCCACCGUGGAGAAAGACGAGCAGAAGCGCCCCCAAAGUGAAGCUUCCCUACUUGGUAGUGAAUUUGUCAGUCCAGACUACCAGAACGGUGCCGUUCGCAGCCAGCCCUUUUCCGAGCUGACUGACAGUGAGCAGGAGAAGUCGAGUAACCUCUCCCAGUACCUACGGAGCUCACGUUCACAUCAUGAGGUCUUCCUGCCGGGAUCGCGUGGCCCUCGGCCAAGGAAGUCCAAGCAGUACUAUUUUGUGGAAAAAAACAAGUUGACUUUGGGAUUACCCACUCCUAAAACUGACUCUUACCUUCAACUUCAUAAUAAAAGAAGAGGGGAGACUCGCCUAGAACAGAUCUACCCGCUCAGAGUAACUGGCAUGACGCCUACUCAGAAUGCCAGAGUGAGUGAAAAUGCCGCCAUCGAUCCUGAAGACAAAUGGCACCAGAGAGCCCAACAGCUAAAGAAUUACCAGGAGCAUUGGUCUCAACAGGAAAACCCAAAGUCCAGCAAUGGGCCUAGACGUCAGUCUUCUGAAGCACCUGAUGGACAGCAACCUUCCAGAAGGCCAGCGAAGCCCAAGAUUCGAAAACCACACAAACGCCAGCCUGGCCUGAAAGCUUUCGUGACUAGAGAGCGAGUUGCCAGUCAAGGAAACCAGGAUAAUAUGCUCAGACAGCAGCCAAACCAAAAUAAGCCUCUUGACACAUCAAUCAAGCAUGGAUCGAUUGUGCUUAUGAAUGCCCCUAACACUGACUUACGAGACUCAAGUGCACUUAGGCGCCAGCAUCCCCAAGUAACCUCCAAUAGACUUGCUCCACCAAAACAGGCUUUUGACAAAGAACCACAUAAAAACUCUCCUGGCUAUCACUCAGACAUGAAUAUUAAUCAAGAAAGGGGACACAAAGACCCAGAGGAAAAAGGAUUUUCCUAUCAGCAGCUAUAUCUCAACACUUUGUCCAAUAUGGACUUGAAUUACAUUCAUGAACUUUCUCAAACACAGGUGCCUGUGCGCCAGAAAGGCUCUCAGCCUGUGGAGAGCAUCAAUGUUAAUGGAGCAACUGUGAAUAAGAAACAGCCCAAAGGGAGUUAUACAGAGACAAAAUAUAAGAACUUAGAAAUGCUAUGGAAAUUCCAUUCUUCCUCUGACAGCCAACCUGUUAGAGCAUCUCCUGAUGCUCAGCUCACUCAGAUAAUGGAUCAACAUCACCAGGCCUUAGUGCAGCUGACCGACGUGCAGCCCAGUGAAGGGGCCGUGUCCACCAUCGCAUUUCCACCCAUUAUGUCAAGGGUAGAAAGUGUAUCCCAACUCGGUUCGGAAAGAAGCCAACGGAACCAAAUCAAAAUCAGUCGUAGCAAUUCUGAAGGUUAUCUGUUUCAACUGGAAAAAGGAAAAAGACCCAGGAAAAGAAGUGGCAUUAAGAGUUCCAAGAUGAAAAAUUACCAGAAAAGGGACGUGAAACUCGGAGGCCUUGGACCUGACUUUGAGUCUGUCAGAGACAAAAUGCAAAAGUUAAUGCAGCAAAAGGAAUAUGCAAGACAAGUUAAGGAAUACAACAUGAAGACACUCGCCAUUCUGUCAAAACCACACACAGCCAAGACAGAGACUAAAUCUGCCAUCCCACGGCAGAAGGCUUUGGAAUAUGCUAAGACCAUCCCCAAACCCAGGUCAUCAAAUUUGACUGACCAGGCAUCAAAGGAAACAAAAAAUCCGGCCUCUACUGCAAAGGAAGGGAACUUACCUGAGCUACCGCUGCUGGCACUGCUACAGAGCAGACAUGAACGAGAAAAACAGGCUGUGGCUGCGUUCAAAGUCCUUCACAUUGUAUAGACAGCCCGGUAGGAACACGAGCACCCUGCUGGAAUGGCCAUGCAGAGGGCCGUCAGCUGGUCUACACUGUCCUCGAGCUGCCAUGUCGGUUUGCGUAAAGCAGGAUUUAAAACGGAGGGGCCUUUUAUAAGGUGCCAUAUUUUUACUUUCUAAGAAGGAAAGCAUUUUAAUUCUUUAUUUUCAAAUCCGUUAGAGCUGGGGCUGAGUCUGAAUGGGGA